ACACGUAAUAUCAAUACGAUCAAUCAGCCUAUCAUCUGCAUCAGCCUAAAGUAUAAUAAUCUCUAAUGACAAAAACACGCCCUGUUAUUAAUGGUAAUAAUAUAUGAUUUUCAACGAAAUUUUCUCAACUCUAAGAUACUGCUAAGUCAGACUUUCAAGAACGAGGUUAGUUAGACAGCUAUACUCUGACGAAGUGGAAGUUACACAAUUUGUACCUUUUCUGUUAAAAUUAUUGCCCAUUAUCUCGAAGCACAUGAAAGCCUUGUAGGUAAUUUUCGCUUCACCCUAGAGUAUGUGUCUUGCCUCCUUGCCUAUCUGGCGGUGAGCGGAGCUGUUAAAAAGGUGUGAGUGCGAGGUUCUAUCUUGGCACAGGAUCUGACUGGUGCCAGGCAACAGUCUAACACGUCUGCACAGGCAGGCAGGCAGGCCCACAACACGCGCAAGCCAUUGCGACUUUACUGCAUCGACUCGUAAGAAAUCAAAGAAGUAUAGUGCGCGAACAGCGGAAAUAUAAACGAACGUAUAUUGAGAUUGGAAAGUGUCUGGAUAGCCGUCAACACAGGCCUUACAGAAUCAGCCAGGGAAAUCAUAAACAAGUAUAGGAACGACUGCGCAAGUUGGCAAGAUGUCUGAGCGUCAAGUACCUAUCGAAAAAAACGAGAUGUCAAUACUCGAUAAUGAAUUUUCGUCAAUUCGCGAACGAUUCGAGUCGGAGAUGCGUAAGAUGGAAGACGAAAUGGCCCGUUUUCGCUCGAUGGUGCUUGACCAUGAAAGGAAUAUAUUCAUAAAUUCCAUCGUCCCAGGCAUUCCUGCAACCUUGUUUCCUGAAAACGGAAUUGGAUCGCCCCUGAUCCAAGAUAAUGCCAAUGGCGGCAAGGAGCUCAAACUUCGAUUUGAUGUUUCACAAUAUGCUCCCGAGGAGAUCGUUGUCAAAACCGUUGAUCACCGUUUACAGGUAAGCGCAAAGCAUGAAGAAAAAUCUGAUACCAAGUCCGUGUAUCGUGAAUACAACCGUGAGUUUCUGCUGCCUCGGGGUCUCGACCCAGCGCAUAUUACAUCAAACCUUUCCAAGGACGGUAUUCUGACGAUUCAGGCACCCCUACCUGCACUUCCAGGACCUGGAGGACCGUCUACCGAAACAUCUAGGACCUCCUAAUAAUUGUGUACAACAGGAGAUGCUAGGUCUAAAAUACAGUACACGUACCUAAAGACAAUAAAAUUUUUUCAGAGACAUAACGGUGAUGCUUGUCGUUAGAUAGAUCAGUAAUGAUAUUUCUAUUAAACUUUUACAUGAAGCUUCACUGACCGAAAAACAAAAAUAACACUUGACCGCUGUGGAUAACAAUUAUAUUAGUUACUCUUAUUGAGAAAACUAAAUUAUUCCAUUGCAAUUUUCUUAGUUUCUAAUUUCGUUUUUCUCUUAAAUGUGAACUCAAUAAUCUCACGUGGUCCAUAAUGGUUGACUGGAUUGUUCAUAUCAAAAUGCUUAAGUUCACAACGGAUUUUACCGUAGUACGUCACAAAGUUGCAUCACGUAAUGUUGCUGCCGGUCAGGCAAUGACACACUUCAUUUAUUCCGGAACAACGAUAACUCAGCUAUUAAAUCGCAGACUUCUUUUCUUUACAUUUAAAAAAAUUAGCAAACACUUAGGCUUAUGUAUUUUACACACACAUAACAACUGGAGUCAACUAACAUAUUACGCUACUAUUGUAUAGGCAAUAGAUGCUGUGCCUUGUAUUUAUUUGCUUAGUUCGCUGUAAUAAACGCUUCGUUUGAAUAACUUUA